UUUGCCAAGACCUCGAUCCAUCAGUCGUUCGGUAAGUUAUUCCGUUCUGCCGUCGGUCCUUCUGUCGUUCGGUCUAAUCGUCUGUCAUUUCUAAUUUCUUUGGCCAGUCUGUUGCUCUCUGAGUCUGUUAUUCGUUUGGUUCGACGCUCGGACGGUCUGUCGAUUGCUCUGAUCCUCUGUCUUUCUGACAAAUGUUGGCCAGUAAGUCGGUUAGUAUUUGGGUUCUGCUUCGUUCGUCGACUCUGUCGGUCUAUCGUCGCUUAUUUUGAUUUGUGUUUUCUUAUCUUUUCGAUUAUCCACUCAUACGGUCCGACAAUCGGUCUGUCAUACAGUCAGUCGGUCAGUCAGUCAGUCAGUCAGUCAGUCACUCGGUCAGUCCGUCAGUCGGUCUGUCACCAUUCGAUAGUUCGGCCAGUACUUUGGUACACCGUUCGGUCCAUUUUUCAUUCUCUAUGUCUUUUGGUUUCUUCGUCGUUUGUUUCUUAUUUCGCUUGGUCAGUCAAUCUGUUUUUCCUCGCUUUAUCGGUCAGUCGGUCCGUCCUGUCGACGACGAACAAAUUGCUUUGGGCGUCUGAUGCCUCGUUGCCUCGUCGCAUCGUGGCCCGGCGCCAAAGAAUGAGUUUUCAGUUCUCAUCAGACUCCUUCCGGCAGCCUCCAAUGAGGAGAGCUGAUGAGGCCCAAGCGAAGUUGUGCCUGAUGUCCGACUUGGUUAAGAGAUCACACGUCGAGAGGCCCUUGACUUUAUCAUGA